GGCUCCUCUGAUUGGCUGAAAUCUCUCCUGGUAACCGACCAACACACGAGACGUGAAAAAAAAAUAAAAAUAAAAAGCUCGGUAUUUCUUUGACGGAUAAAGUCAGGCUUUCUGUAUCCUGGAGAACCAGACUGAGCUCCGGUUAUCACAGAAACCUCCAUGAUCUCCGGCUGGCAGGAUGCGGGAUCCUCCGGCAGCUGCAGGACACCAUGGAUAACCAGGGGAGGAAAGCGAGCCGAGAGGAGGAGUCGGCCUCUGCUGCGGAUGAAACUCUGGAUGAAUAUUUAAUCGGCCUCCAGCAGAAAAACAGAGCUCUGAGGCGCCUCAGGGUCAAAGGUCGGCGGGAGGUGGAGCUGGAGCGGCUGGAGGAAGGCUUUUCCAUUUACUUUAAUGGAGCGAACGCCGAGGCGAGUCGGAGGAACAGCCAGGCUUCCAGAACCGCCUGCUCUCUGCCGGACCAGCGGGCCGCAGACGUCUGCAGGAGCGCCCACCAGCUAGCCGAGCGCAGCGGGAUUCUGGGAUCUGAGACGAGCCGGAAGAGGAGUCAGACGGCGCCGGAGCGGGUCCGCAGGAAGGAAUGGGUGCAGGAAUCUGUUGAGAUCCGGACAGAGGACGGCCUCAGAGUCAAACUCUCCCCUGAUUUUCGCUACUCUGAGGAUUUCGAGCCGUAUGAAAGCGUGGACAUGGAGAGCUGCAGCCAGCGCUCGCCAUGUAGAGAUUCCUCCAAGCUUCAGCGCUCCUUCAGCUGCAGGCCGGAGGUCCAGGGCGGCCCGGCCGACCCGGAGCACGGCGAGAAGGUUCUCCUCAGCCUGGAGGAGGUGAAGCAGGUUUUGCGUCGGAGCCUGGAGGUCAGCAUGCGGCGGAGCAGCCGCGGCUCGGCGGGGGAGGAGUCGGACGAGGAGUGGAUCGAGGAGCAGAUGGAGAGGGAGGAGAGCACCGAGAGCCUGGAUGAGCUCGGCCUGCCGCUCUCCAAAUCCUCCAGCAGCUCACGGAAGAGCGAGCCCAGCGGCGCCUUCGACCCCGCCGACCUCAUUGUGCUGGACUUUGGACCCUCGCAUAAAGGGCGUAAGGUUGAGCGUUCUCUGUCUGCGAGGAGGAGAGAAAGCAGCGACUCGUUUGUUCCCAGCAGGCCUCUGUUGGUGAAGAGCAAAACGUUGGACAGGCCUCCAGGCUGGGACGGACAGAGGCCGAGGAGCCGCACAGAGCGGCCGCUGUCAGCAGCCAGGAAGGCUUCAGCUGAGGAGCGAGACCCGGCCCAGGUUUUCUGCAGCGUCCGGGACGCCAUGCAGAGGGAGAACUGCAGCCCUGGGCAGAGAGCCGGCGCCUGCAGCCGCAGCACGGUUCAGGGUCACCAGGAGGUCAACGGCGUGAAGCCCCCUGGUGGUCAUGGGAAGGAUGAGAACGGCGUCUCCGUGGCGAUGCAGAGGAUCACCCUGCUGGCCCCCAGGCAGCGGCAGAGGCUCCUAAAGGCCCUGGAGCAGCUGGAAGCAGAACCCGGCCAGAACCCAGACCUCUCCAAGCAGCCGAGAGAGCCGCCGCCGCCGGCAGACGUCCCCCCCGCGCUGUACGUUACCAUGGAGAUCCUGUCCAACUGGGGCAACGCGCUGCAGGUCGGCCUGACGGAGAUGCAGUUCUUCUGCCGCAGAAACAGGAAGCUGUUCGUGUCGCCGCACGACAUCGACAUCAGGAACGCCGACCACCCGGGGAACCUGGCGGCGCUGGUCAACGGGAAGGUCAAGACCACCAGGGGGCGCCACAUGUGGACGUGUCCCUUCCACCCGCCCAUCCAGCUCUACUUCAUCCUCAGGAACACGGAGCGCGCUCUGGACUUCGGCAUCUCCUCCAUUAAGAUCUGGAACUACAACAGAAGCCUAACCGACCUGGACGUCGGCGCGCGCCACAUCCGUCUGUACCUGAACAGCUCGCUGGUGUUUGACGGCGAGCUGGAGAAGGGCUGCGGGAACCAGGUCUUCGACUACGGCUCCACCGUCGACCUGAAGGCCUUCCUGUUGUCCAGCGCCGGCCCUGCGGGGCGCCCCCUGCAGGCCGGGGAGGGCGGCAGCGCACAGCGGCAUCGUGCGGUUCUGCCCGACCCGACGGACAGGACUACUACAGUAGACGCUCCGCUCCCGCCCAUCGCCGCUCGCCGUCCGUCUGCCCAGAGGAGCGCCCUGGACCGCUCCGCCUCCGCGGAUCAGGCGGCGCCCAUGCAGCUGACGGUCACCACGCAGCCGUCCGCCUGCCGGGUCGCCCCCCAGUGGCUGCAGCCGCCGAACCGGGCCGCUCCGGAGGGCUGUGAGGCCGGCAGGGAGCGGCCCCGCUGGCUGGUGCCGCAGCUCUCCACGGAAACCAAGCCGUCCUCCUCCUCCAUGCUGCCGGAGCUGCCCUGUAACCCGGGCCGCGUGUGCAGAGGGGCGGACGGGCCGAUGAACGGCGGGCAGCGCUCCCUGGACCCGAGCUGCGACCUGCUGGAGGAGCUGCAGGCGGAGCGGCCCGUCAGCGGGCGCCGCAGCUCCUUCAGGCAGACGGAGGAGCAGCGCCACCUGGCAGCCGAUGAGCCUGUGUCUCUGGUCGGCGCCGCCCGGCGGGCCAGCGGCGCCGGCGCCGGCGCCGGCCGGUCCCGUUGCCACAGCCAGCAGGACGACUCCCUGAUGGAGUCCUGGGACUCGCUCACCAAGUUCAACCAGUGCCAGCGCGGCCGCAUCUCCAACAUGGCCUUCGAAGGCGACGUCUUCGACGAGUUCCUCCAGCGCUGGGGUCGCGGCCCCCCCUCGCUCCCCGUGACCCCCGCCACGACCCUUAGAACCCCGCCGUCCUCCGUCAGCGCGGCGCCGCAGAGCGACGGCCCGGACGACGACCCAGCCGCGGAGCGAGACGACGACUUUGAGAUCCCGGUUCUGCCUCAGGGCCGGCGGCUGGUUCUCAACAUCCGGUCCACCUGGGGCGACCGCCAUUACGUGGGCCUCAACGGCCUGGAGGUGUUCAGCGCCAGCGGCGAGCCACUGCGCCCCGCCGCCAUCAGCGCCGACCCUCCGGACAUCAACGUGCUUCCGGCGUACGGGAAAGACCCGCGCGUGGCGGCCAACCUGGUGGACGGCGUGAACCGCACGCAGGACGACAUGCACCUGUGGCUGGCGCCGUUCACGCCGGGCCGCCGCCACUCCGUCUUCCUGGACUUCGCCGCUCCGCACCAGAUCGCCAUGAUCCGGGUCUGGAACUACAACAAGUCGCGCAUCCACUCGUUCCGCGGCGCCAGGGAGGUGGAGAUGCUGCUGGACGGCCGCUGCAUCUUCAGGGGCGAGAUCGCCAAGGCGUCGGGAACGCUGUCCGGAGACCUGGACCAGUUCGGGGACACCAUCCUCUUCACCACGGACGACGCCAUCUUGGAGGCCAUGUCUCGCUACGACGAGACGUUUCUGGGCGAAGACGAGCGACCCGACGGGUCGGCGUGUGAGGAAGAGCUGCAGCGGCCGCGCACCGCCGACGGAGAGGGGGACGAGCGACCUUUCACCCAGGCCGGCUUCAGAGAGGAAGACCUCGCACUGCAGCUUCAGCUCAGCGCUGCGAUGAACCAGCCAGAGGAAAACAUGCAGAACGUUCCGGGGAUCUUCACUGGGAAGUGCCUCAGACUGGAGAUGACGGCGACUUGGGGCGAUUCCCACUACAUGGGCCUGACGGGGCUGGAGGUGGUGGGGAAGGACGGGGAGAGUUUACCUCUGGACCUCGCCAUGAUGGCGGCGUCACCGCGAGACCUCAACGACCUGCCGGAGUACCAACACGACUCGCGCACGCUUGAUAAGCUCAUCGACGGCCAUAACAUCACCACUGACGACGUCCACAUGUGGCUGAUUCCGUUCUCACCUGGAGUUUCUCACACCCUGAGCGUCGCCUUCAGCAGGCAUCAGGCCGUCGCCGGGCUGCGCGUCUGGAACUACAACAAGUCGUCUGAGGACUCCUACAGAGGGGUGAAAGUCCUUCAUCUGUUCUUGGACGAGGUGGCCAUCUCCCCGCCGGACGGGUUCCUGGUCCGGAAAGGACCGGGUAACUGCCACUUCGACUUCGCCCAGGAGAUUCUGUUUGUGGAUUACCUGCAGCCUCCCGCUGACACCUGGCGCCACGACGACGCCCAGAGAGGAAGUUCGAAGAGGCCAGAGCAGCCCAGCAUGGACUACGAGGCUCCCAUCAUGCCUUGUGGCUUCAUCUUCCAGCUGCAGCUGCUGACCACCUGGGGAGACCCGUACUACAUCGGCCUGAACGGACUGGAGUUCUACAACCGGAACCACCAGAAGAUCCACCUCACGGACAACAACAUCGCAGCUUUUCCCGACAGCGUGAACAUCCUGGACAACGUGAGCGGCGACGUCCGGACUCCCGACAAACUGAUCGACGGCGUCAACGACACGCAGGACGGCAGGCACAUGUGGUUGGCCCCGGUUCUCCCAGGAACGGUGAACCGUGUUUACGUGAUCUUCGAUCAGCCUGUGACCGUGUCCAUGAUCAAGCUGUGGAACUACUCCAAGACGCCUCAGAGGGGCGUCAAGGAGUUCGGGCUGCUGGUGGAUGACCUCCUGGUGUAUAACGGCGUCCUGGACUGCGUGAGCCAGGCCACCAGAGGCAUCCUGCCGACCUGUGACCCCUCGGUGCCGUACCACACCGUCCUGUUCACCGACGACGCCUGCGUGGCGCAGCGCGAGAGGAGCACCGUCAUCAGCCCCCGAAGCAGCAGACACAAACAACGCAACCAUGUGGAGGACCAGGAUGUGAAGAUGACCAAUGAGAACCAGAUCGUUCAUCACAACAAGAAGAAACAGACAGCCGAUCCUGCUCUCCGGCCCAAAACCUGCAUGACUGACGGCGUUAAACACGGGAAGAGGCGAUUCUGACGACAAGCGUGGCGUUUCAUCUCAGCCUCUGAGCCGAGGCGACGUGGAGACGACGCCUCUCCUCCACAGUCUGGUGAGCAACUGAACAAACUGCGACGCUCGGACACUGGACUCAGAUUUCUGCUUUCUGGUUGGAUUUCUCCUCCGUGUUCGGCUGUGAAAACUCACAUUAACCCUCCAGCAGGGGGCGCCUCACUCCGUUUACAGUGCCUAUUACUGAACCCGGCUGCUGCUGCUGCUGCAUAUUUUAAUGCAACUUUCGGCAUGUAAAUAACUCUCUGCGAGCCAAACCAUUAGCUUAUAGCGCCAUUAGCAUGAAAAUACCAGUUAGGAUGCUAGUUUAGAAAAAACAUUUUUGAUUUAUAACUGUGGCUUGAAUAAUUAAAACCUUCUAAAUUUGUCACCAAUUCAUAGAAAAAGCUGAAAUUAUGCAAAGUGUGUGUGUACAGCGAACAUCGACUGAUUAAUUAAAUAAAAUCUAUAUUUAUUUCUCUGCUUGGCAUCAGACCUUGAUUAUAAGUGACCUUUCUAACAGCAGCUCUGUGUGGAUUCGGUGCAGCUUCAGCAUUUUUCUCUAAAUACGUAACCUGAUAUGCAAAUAUUAUCGACUUACCUCAAAUCAAAACAUACAGCGUUAAAAACGUCACAAAUAUGGAUUCAUCACAGCUAAAACCUGUACUUCUUCAUUAAAUACACUGCAAAAACACAAAAUGUUACGGAGUGUUGUUCAGUUUCUAGGGGAAAUAUUUUAGUUCAUUUGAAUAAGAUAAAACUAAUAUACAAGCAAAAAAAUCUGCCUGUUGCAGAUUUUGGACUAAAACUCAUUUUAUAACAUUUUUAUUUCAUUCACUCAUAAAUAUGAAUAUUUCCUGCAACAACGUGGACAAAUCAUGAAGAAAAGGGGCAAGAAGAAGCAUAAACUUAUCAUUUUUGCCCCAAAUUCAUAAAAUUAACUAUUCAACUCAUAUUUAAAAUAAACAAAGAAACAAAGCAUCAGCUUAUUCACACACAACUUCAUCCGAAUAGUUUUCAACUUUAUUUUAAAUGCAGAUUUAAUUGUUUUAUCUGUCAAGAUUAUUCUAUAAAUAUUUAAAAUAAAUAUUAUUGACUCUAAACAAGCUCCUAUAUGUUGCUUGAAAGUUAGUUGUAAGUUAUUUUUGGCUUAUUUUAAGUGCACUAAGGUAUUUGCAGUAGAUGAAAAUCUUGGUAAGAUUGAGUGUUUUUGCAGUGUAUUCCCUCUGCCAGAAUCUGCUGAAAGCAGCCAGAAGUUUACAUACGGCUCAUCCUGGGCCGGAGUUUGGAGUUUGGUUUCCAGGCAUCAUGAAAACCUGACUUCACCUCAUCGUGAAAACAAGAUUUAGAUUCACAGUUUGGAGUUUUAAUUUUCUUUUUAGCACACGAUUGCUGAAAUAUUUGCCCGCGUUUUGUUGCCAUCGGCAACAUUCUGGUUCAGUUCCUGGUUGGAUAUUUGAGCAGAGUCCUUAAAUAUGGAGAUAACUCGGGAACAAACCAGAAACGGCCAAGGUUCAACUCUUCUGAUUAAAUCAGGGGUGUCCAAAGUGUGGCCCAUGGGCCGUUUUUGGCCCUUCAUAUGAUUUUGUUCGGCCGCUGAUGUCAAAUCAAAAACAGCCAAUAAAAUAAAAAACAAUUGGAAAA